UUAGCGGGCUCAGUGUGCCCUGCGCUGCGGCCGCGUGCACCGCCAGCCAGCCAGCACCGCCUGCGCCUCCGAGCCAGCAGCGCCGCGCCUGCCAUGCUCAACAACCUGGCCGUCAGCCUCAGCGGCGGCGGAGGCGGCGACUGGACUUCAGGCAUAGCGCACAAAGAGUGGCGUAGGGCGGGCGCCAAGAACCAGGUGGCCAAGUUACAGUUCUACGGGUACCGGCUGUCGCCACGGGACGACGGCUUCAGCCCCAUUCACGACGCAGGUCCGAAGGAGGUGUGCGAUGACGUGAAGCGGCACCAGCAGCCGCCCCCUCAACACCAACCGCCCCACCAGCCGCCGCAGCACCAGCCGCAGCACGACCUCAAGGAGGGAGGCGGCGGCGGCGGCGACCCGCGGCUGGGGCCGCUGUGCGACCUGCCGCCCCCGCAGCCUCCACAGCCGCCACCCCCGCCGCCCCCGGGCCUGUCGCAGCCCGGGCAGGCGCCGCCGCCGGGCAGUGGCGCGCCCGCCGCCUCCGACGGCGACAAGCCCGCCAAACAGAAGCGUCACCGCACGCGCUUCACGCCGGCUCAGCUCAACGAGCUCGAACGCUGCUUCUCCAAGACUCACUACCCCGACAUCUUCAUGCGCGAGGAGAUCGCCAUGCGCAUCGGGCUCACCGAGUCCAGGGUGCAGGUAUGGUUCCAGAACAGGCGUGCCAAGUGGAAGAAGCGCAAGAAGACGACGAACGUGUUCCGCACGCCGGGCGCUCUGCUGCCCUCGCACGGCCUGCCGCCAUUCGGCGCCAUGUCGGAUGGCCUCUGCUCGCCAGGGAUGUUCACCGGGGACUCGCGCUGGGGCGUCUCCAGCAUGGCGCCAGGACUGGGCCAGCUGUCUCAAGGCGGCGUGUCCAUGGGCAGCUUCGGGCAGUCGAUAGGCCAGCUCAACCAAGGCUCGCCACUCGCGUCGGGCCUCAACUCGGGGCUGCCCAUCGCGUCCAGCAUGGCGUCCAACGGCUCCACCGUCUACCAGGCCCACUACGGCCUCAACACGCUGGAUCCGGUCUUCUACGGGCACGAAGGCAACGACGCCCUCAACUGAGAGCCAGCGCCGUGGCUAGUGCGCCGGCUCGACGAGCGCCCUCCUUACCGCUGCUGCAAGAGGAACCACGGCAACAAUGACCAGCGUUUCAUCGGAGGGAACGUGCCCAGGCCGGCCGGCGCGGUGACGUCAGUGAAGUGCGCGUGACGCCGGCGUCCGGCGACGGGGACCUGUCUAAGUGUUAGCGGCGUGUUGCGAUGCCUCUCGCCCAGGGAACCGCCGGGCUGAACGACAAUUUAGAGGACAUAUUAGCAACGCGUUUCAGUUAGGUUCUGAGAAUUUGUCGAUUUAUUAGCUCGAUGUUCUUUAUAAAACCAUCGAUGGGACUGCCACAAUUGAAAAUAAAGUACGUGUACGCCUUACAUAUUUAUAUUCAACCCUCGAUAACUUGAGUCAGAACGUCUUCGACUAAAAAAUAGCCUGUAAUUUGUAAGGCGUCACACGGAGAGCGCUGCAUUCUUUCAUGUUUUGUUGGGGAUAAAGUCACCUGUCUCAUAUUUGAAUUAAUUCUUACAUCUUACCAAAGAGUCUGUCUGAUUUCUGUAAACGUUUUAGACAUGUGUGUUAGUUGUAGUACUUAUUAUUAUUUUCGUGUCCAGGCUAUUACUGUACAGUUAUUUAAAAAUUCAAAAUAACACAAUACAAUACAAUAUCGACAAUACACACACUAGACUUUGUACCUGUCAUAUUGAUUUUGAAGCUUAAAAUUCGCCAGUCUUGAUUGUUAGGACAUUCUCUGGAAUCAGGUCCUCCAGCGUGCUGGCUUUACUCAACUUCGGGCAGACCAAGAGGUGUUCACCGUGUUGAAGCUCUCGACAUUCGCAGGUUGCAUCUCCAGUGAUGUGGACCCAUCCCUUCAAGUUAUGUUUGCACCACUUCAGUUCGCAGUCUGUUCAAAGUUUUCCACGUCUGGGAGGAUAGUUGGAAACAGCAGCGAUUUCUUCCUUUAAGGUUUGGUCGUUACUACCAGUGGCCUUGUUUCACCACGUUUCUAUUCGACGAUCGGAAGGUGAUACUGUAAUGGCUUCAGUUUUCCGAACAAAGCUGUCUCCCUGAAGAUCGCUCCGCUGAUAAUAUGCCAUCACAGACUACCGGGUGUACCCUGGGCCACGUUAGGAGUUAUCUUAGUGGCAGAACCUUCCACCACCAGAACGGUAACAAAAAUGAGUUGCAAUAAUUUCAUACUCUCUUAAGACAAUGCAAGAUUGAAACUUAAGAGCGAAUCUUUGUAAAUUAAAACAUCUGUACAAAUCGUCGUCACUCUUAUCUCAUGAUAGCAAGGUUUCCGGAUCAACUUAUUUAUGAUUAGAUGUAAAAGUGGCAAGGCCUCUCAGACAAUAUAAAAGAGUAUAGGUGCACAUUUUUCGAAUUGUCUGUAUGAGAAGCUUUUUUUCUUUUGAACAAAAGACAACAUUACACUAAGAGUGGAGUACGUUUCCCCGUGAACUCCACAGGUAAAGCAUAGUGAACUGGAGUAGUGGUUAGGCACUCGACACAUAUUUAUAUUUGGAAGGAUGACGUUGCAACCUGUCUGUAUGUUCAGAUUUAUGUUUUCAGUGAUUUCCUUGACUCGCCGAAGACGAGUACCGGGAUGGUUUCUUUAAAAGGACUUGGCUGAUUUCCUUCUUCAUCACUAACCAAUCCGAGCUUGUACCGUCGACGUGUCGUUAACCCUCUCCCCCCAAUCUUCCUUCCUUCGUUUUUCCUCCCAUAUAGCAACGAAACUAUCGACUUGCUCAUAUGCCAUGAAUGUUGUGGAAAGACUUUCAAGUUCUAGAGUUUUCACCAGUUCACUACCCACACACUUAAUUUAAUGAAAUACGUGAAAAUAUUUCUUUCUGCUAUUCCUCUAAUGCUAAUUUUUUUUCUAUUUGUACUUUCGUGACCAUUCUCUAUAGGGUAAUCUAAUAUAAACAGCCUAUGUAAGAUGGUAACACUAGGAGUAAAUUACUUAGAAUGGCAAGUCUGUUAAAUUGUGGUUCAGUAAACGGCAAAGCUCAUACAUCAAUUUGCAAUACACGAGUUUAUAAAGAAGUGUAGCGUGCAAUUUUCCAAACACAUAGCUUCCACAUACACGCUAUUUUUUUUUAAAUCUAGAUAUUGCGUCUUAAUUUCAAUUUUGAUUUCUUAAAGAGUGGUUAAAAUACAAAUGAAUUACUGCAAAGUCUUUGUAUUUUUGUAUUUUCAAGAUAUGAGUCGGUGUGUAAAUCACCUACAGUAGGUCAGGGGAAAAACGUUGUCAGCUUAUUUGUCAGCUUCUUCAUAAAGGCUCCCGAAAUUUGAAACUCGUGCAUGACGAACAUUCUACGCUGAAAUAAGAGUUUGACUGAUCCAACUAAUUAUAAAGUUUUGGACUCCAGAAUAAAAAAAGGAAGUAAAUCAAAUAGUGUGUGUUUAGUAAUUUAUUUGUGUUUUAACAGCCAAAUAUUUUUAUUGUCAAUCCGAUUGCUGUAGCCCCUAGGCUGUUCUUAACGAAAUUCGGAUACAGCUCAACAAAAAAUCAUUAUAACAAGCUAGUUCUGUAGCGUAAUCGGUUAGCAUAAUUUUUCUGACUCUGGAAAAGCUUCAGAAUAUGAAUCAGAACACGCGAUGAAACAUUUCUAAGGUACUUUUCUAAAGUACUUAUACUGAAGAGAUUUAACAUGAAAAUGUGAGUUACAUCCAAAAAAAUUAGCUGCUGGUUCGUGGAAACUACGUUUUUGGACAAAAUGUUUACUGGGCCAUGUCAAAAACAGCAAAAUAAAAUUUCAACACUGCCCUUUUUUUACGGAAAGUAAGAGUUUUAGAAACACUUAGUAAUUACUAACAACUGCACCAAGACGUGAUACCAUACGCAGGUGACCUAGUGAACUUAUGUGUUUUUAGAAUAAUUACGUCAGAAAUAUAGAAGUAUAACUACUCUCUUGUAAUUUUAAGAUCAGUUUAUUGCAUUUCAGGAGAUUCUGUUUAGACAGAAACUAAACCGGUAAACUACAGUGUCAUUCGUAGUCCUCUGCUUGUUGUCCGUGAGCAGCAAACUGGCCAAAUUUCUCAUCUCGUCGUGGUCAAUUUACGCGCCCGCAGAACUGUUAUUAAAGAUUUAAACCCGUGAUUGCGUUAUUUUUUCGAAUUAAUGACACUGUCCUCAAUUACGCCGCGCCACGCCGUGGAAUAAUUAUGUCUUGCAAUAGGCACUGCAGCAGAGCCACGAUGAACCCAAUUCGAAAUAGGAGCCAGGUUGUUUAGCCCAGCGGUGCGGUGUAAUGGAAUAUAUAAUUUCUAAUCUGUUUCGAAUGGCGUGCUAACAUCUGCGGAAACGCGAGUGACACGGAAUGAAAGACUGUUCGCUGUGAAUUCUGUUCCAAUGACAAGCCGAAAUUUCACGCCUUAAUAUCUCCGUUUCGAUUCACAAAUUAAAAAUAUUUACCGUCUUUGCAUGACAUGUAAACUUUAUGUGAUUAAUUCUGAAACACUUUCUGAAAUAUCAAAUAUAUCACUUUAUGACGAAAAGCGGAACACUCCUUCUUCUUCUUUUACACUCUACUUCAUAAAUGAUUGUUUUGUUAAGAGAAUCACACAAUCCCGUUAAAUUUUCAGCUCUGUUAGUACCGCUGGAAUAAACUGUACCACAAAAAAGUUUUCAAGGGUGGUGACGGGAUAUAAUAUACACUUGGAUUUGGAAUUCACAUCCGAAACAGUUCGUUGAAUGCAUUUCAUUGGGACAGAAAGUAUCACUAACAGCGUUUGUAUUGAUCACUUAUCGCAUGAUUCACUUACAACGAAAUUAUAUCCUUAACAACUAAAUAAGCCAAACCUGAGAGGUUAUUUCGUUAUAAUCUGCGUUAUAUGAAAAUGUUCUUGAAUAUAACUAGCGCUGUCAUCAAACAGCAGGCACUCUAAUCUCUGCCUGAUAAAACUGAAAUUGUUGUACCAUGAGUAACGUUCAGCUGAAGACAGAAAUGUAUGAUGAAAUAUCUCGUAGCAUUUUAACAUUUCUUUUUAUAUUUCUCUAAUUCCAAAUUCGGUUCAUCCACAGUAUUACGCUUUUACAGUUUGUCAUGUAAUAUUUUCAUCAGUAUAUUCUACUCAGGUUUCUUCUAUUAUUUCUGUUUCAUCAUUUAAGUAUUUUACUGCCGCAUAACAAUAAGAACUUUCUCGGAGUUUCUGACCAAAAUGAGUUUACCUUGUGUAUCUGAGUAACUGCUUCUUAUUGAGAUAAUGGCGUAUAAACUUUUUAUUACUUUAUUAGUGCUCACAAUGAAUAUUACAUUUAGAUUCAUUUCAGCAACCUUUCCUCAUUUGGCGCACAUUUUUGUCAUUUAUUAUGAUGGCUGCGAAAGAAUCAUGCCAAAGUAGAUAUCUUCGAAGCUUCUGAAAUUCUCCAAGUCAUCCACGUCAAAGUAAGACAGGUCCACUUUGCAAUUUACCAUAUCUGAAAUGUCACUCUGCUACAAUUUUCUUCAGCUGUUUCUGCGGAACGGUGAUAUGGAUAUUUACGAAAAAAAUCGAACAGUUUGUAAUAUUCUUCCUUUCUCUCUUAAUCAUUUCAUAGUUAAUUUAUAUAUCGAGAGAAGUGUUUUUAUCCAGGUUUCAAAAUAUUCUCUCUGUGUGUACAUUAGCCUGCAAAGCUCUUCAACAGUGUUGCAUUGCUCCUGUUGUGACGCCUUGCAUGUUGUAAACCUAAGUUUUGCCUAUAUGUCGCCAUUGUUCGCUCUCUGUAAAACAAAUUGUCUAUCAAAUCCUUCAUAUAAUUCAUUAGCGAGUAGAAGAUUUUUACUGUGUCUCCUUCUCCUCGAAGGUGCUAAGUUAUUGUUUUACAUUUCACAAGUCAAGGCAGCCCAUCUUUGCAGUAUACGACGUAAGCGUACAAAUCUGCUAAAAUGUUACCUCUGCAAUAAGUAUACUCAAGUCAGUCUCCAUGCGGGUAGCUGAAUAUAAAUUGACAUCAUGUUUUCAUUCCAUGCGGUAUUACAGUCAUUUGAGAGAUAGGGAGAGAGUAUGUAAAUUCACCUCUGUGAAAGAGCUAAUUUAAGAAAUUAUGAAGAAAUUCGUAAUUUUUGUAGGUUCACAGAUGGGUGUGUACAAAAUGAACUGUAAAGAGACUGACUCUGCCUGUGGCAUUGUUCUGAAUGGACAACGCUUUCAAGCAGUCGCACAGUGCGUGUGGGGAAACGUAGUCAGCGUAGCCUGCUGAUGUGCGCAAGGUGGCGCAGAAUGCAAUCUUGUAGGAUGUAAAAUUAUUGUACAAAGUGUGUUUUGGACGAACUUGAAAUUUUACUAACAAAUUUGUCGUUUAUGAAUAUAUCGAGAGAAGUAUUAGUUUUAUCCAUGUAUUAAUAUUUACAGUUAAGUAUAUGAGUGUACAGAUUUUUUCGAGAGAAACGUAAUUUAAUAUUCGUGUAAAGAAGGCACAGCAUUCUCAUUCUGAAUAAAAAUGUGUUGUAAAAUGUAUGAUGUAUGUAGAUUACGAUGUGUUUCUUGUGACAUAGCACGAUGUUUGACAAAGUGGGUUGUGCAAUAAAGCGUGUACAUACAGUA